AUGGUCAUGGACCACGAUAUGAGUCUUACAGUGAUGGACAACCAAUCGAUUAUUCACAAAUGUACUGGCGAAGUACCUCCUACCUGGACUGAUUACCGCGACGUGAGCAAGUAUGUUGCCCGUAUCAUCGCUGACUCAAGGACCCUCAACCAAAAGAUAUUUGCCUACACCGACCUUCGGACUUUGCAUGAACUGUAUGGCAUGGUCGAGCAAGUUGAGCAAAAAUACCGCACCAUCGAUGAGAUUGAAGAUGGUAUUGCCGCAUCUAAAGAUGAUCCCAACAAGAUGAUAGAUUACUGCUCGUACACCUAUCAAAAGUCAUAUGAUAUUAUGGGAGAACGCACACCUGAAUACGCCAGUUAUCUGGGCUACCAGAUCGGUAAGGACCUCUAUCCCGACAUGGAAAGAAUCUCGUUUGAAGAUUUUUUUUAA